CCUUAGCCAGCCACAGUCUCUAUAAAUUCAAUUCCCGUCAUUGCAUUCGCAACCCACCUCAUCCUCCGACCCGUCAUCUCUUCCACCGCGAAAACCCUAGAUCCUUCGCAACUCCUCUCCAAUGUCCAACCAGAUCUACUAUGGCUCAACUUACACGAGCGGCGGAGUAGGUGGUUACACACUACGAGCCGCCGAUCCCUACCUUCCCUCUGCCAUCGGUUCCUCCCGGUACUCCACUGAUGGGUUCGCCAUUGCCGACGUCGGCGAGCGGACUUCUUCCCUGUCCUCAAGCCAGACCAACGGUUUGAAGCUUUCUAGUGUGGAAAUCCGCGGCGUCGGCGGAGGUGGGAGCUACUCGCUUGGGAAGAUUGGCGGGGCUCCGACGUCGAUGUCGUGGCUUGGGGUUGAUGGGUUGAGUGAUGUGGGAUCGAAGAGGUCCGCUGAAGCUCUCUACAAUCAGAGUAUUUUGGCAUAUAACACUAUUGGCCAAAGUGAUGCUUUAUUGUCCAAAUACUCUUUGGUCAAACGCCCUAGAGUCGUGAGUGCAAGCCACCUGCCUUUGUAUCCUGAACGGCCUGGAGAGAAGGAUUGUGCUUACUAUAUGAUGACAAGAACCUGUAAAUUUGGAGAUGCUUGCAAGUUUGAUCAUCCAAUUUGGGUUCCUGAAGGGGGAAUCCCAGACUGGAAAGAGGUUCCACAUAAUCCUGCACCUGAAUCCCUUCCGGAGAGACCAGGAGAACCUGAUUGUCCUUACUUUUUGAAGACUCAAAAGUGCAAAUAUGGUUUGAAUUGCAAGUUCAACCAUCCCAAAGAGAAAUUAGAUUCUUCAACAGGUGUAGUACAGAGCAAUGAAAUUUAUGCCAACUCAGAAUUACCGGAAAGGCCAUCAGAACCUGUAUGCGCGUUUUAUGCAAAGACCGGAAAGUGUAAAUUUGGUGGAAAUUGCAAAUUUCAUCAUCCAAAGGACACUCUGAUACAGUCAGCUGGAAAAGACAUAGGUAGUGCUGCAAAUAAUGAACCGACAACAAAUAAUGAUAAUGCUACCAAUGGUUAUUCAAAACAAACGAAGACAUUCAUUCCAUUCACACCUGCUUUAUGGCAUAAUUCUAAGGGCCUACCCAUUCGACCGGGUGAAACAGAUUGCCCAUUCUACCUAAAAACUGGCAGCUGCAAAUAUGGUGCUACUUGUCGAUAUAGUCACCCAGACAGAUAUUUGAUCAGUACUCCUGUUACUGCUAAUAUAAACAACGCAAUUAUAACUCCACCAGUUGCUACUGUACCAGUUGGAGUCAUAAAUCCAGCGGCUAGCUUUCUCCCGUCUUUAGAUCCUCGUUUAUCUCAGUUUGGAGUUGGAGCAGCCAUAUAUCCUCAAAGGCCUGGAGAAAUUGAAUGCGAUUACUAUAUGAAGACUGGCCAAUGCAAGUUUGCAGAGAGAUGCAGGUUCCAUCACCCCAUAGAUAGAUCAGCACCAAUUGCAAGUGUCAACAAGCAAGCUCAACAAGCUGUCAAACUUAGUCUUGCUGGUCUCCCAAGAAGAGAGGGUUCGGUUGCCUGCCCGUUCUAUAUGAAGACAGGCACUUGCAAGUACGGGGCGAUGUGCAGAUUUGACCACCCUCCUCCAGGAGAAGCCAUAGCCAUGUCGACCAUUCAAGAAAGCGGAGAAGUGGAAAAAGAUGAGGCUGAGAUUGGUCAGUAGUAAAUUACGGUUUGAUUAACUUUUAUUACAGUAUUUUGCAGGUGAGCUUUCUUCCUUUUAAGCUGUGAAGGUUAGCAUGCUCUCAUGAUGUUUGGUUGUGUUGACGAUUUCGUUGUGAAAUUUCCUUCUUAUUAUUAGUCUGUUGUUUUCUUCAUAUUAUAUGCUUAACGGUGUUAUUUUGUUGGCACCCAGAACUCUUAUAUGGCACUCAUUAUUCUUCA